CACUCUAUAAAAGUUUUGCAAAGACGCGACAGAUAAAGGAUCUCAUAGUUCAACAAAAACAAUACAAAUGUCAACGAACAAUUCCUCUCAGGGUUUGAACGGACCAACCUACUCCAAGGCUAGCAUAAUCGGACAAACUUCUUUUAAUAUAAUUAUAAUCACCACAGCUCUAGUGGGAAACGUGAUUGUGAUUGCUGCUGUCAUUUCGACGCGUAAACUCAGGAAGCCAACGAACUACUUUAUUACGUCCUUGGCAGUCAGCGAUAUUCUCAUUGUCACUACGAUUGUGCCAUUUCAUGUUUAUCAUUACCUGAACUCAAUGAUUUGGGAUUUGGGACCACGCAUCUGCAAGAUAUGGAUUUUUAUGGAUUUUUUAUGCGGGGCUGCAUCCACCACAAACGUCGCCUUGAUAGCAGUUGAUCGAUUGUUAGUACUAUCCUAUCCUUUUGUGUACCAAAAAUUCAUCAAUGGUCCACGUUCAUUGCUGGCAAUAUGCUUGGUGUGGUGUUAUGCAGCCAUUCUCAGCUCGUUAUCUUUUACGAACUGGUCAAAUGACGCAAAACUAAUUCAUCAACCCGCUUGUAAGAAAGUCGAUAAAAACUAUUAUCUUGUCGUUUCUGUUUUGGGCAUAUUUUUGCCAUUAGUAAUACUUAUUGUAGCUUAUUCCAUGGUCUUCAAACUUGCAUUUCACCAAGCUAAGAUGAUUAAGGUUCACGGAACCCCAUGGCAAAAUGGCGAUCGUGAGCAUUGUGUCUUUUCAAAAUCUGAAAAACCCAUGCAAACGCGAAUGCUUAUCCGCGAGCUCAAAGCAACGAAGACACUAAUGAUUGUAGUAGGAACGUUUCUCAUUUGCUGGUUUCCGCUGUUUGUUGUAUUGUUGGUUAACCAACAGUGCCCAAAAUGCAUUUCACAAAAUCUUAGCUCCCUUGCACAGCAAAUCAUCGGUAUAAUCUUUGUGUUCACUUUGCCACGAGUAAACACUGUCGCAAAUCCCAUCAUUUACACUGUUUUCAAUAGAGAGUUUCGUGCAGUACUUUGGGUCUUUUGCAACAAGCUUAUACGCGUCAUUCAGGGAGCAAAUCAUAGAGAUGUUUUUCUUUCAUCACGGAGGCAAGCCGCAAGGCUUUGUGAAGUGUAUUCUACAAACUAUACGGAUUCAACAACUAACGAAACAGUCCAAAAAGAGAGCCUUGUGUCAUAUGGACUUAAUACAACAAACGAAGGAAGUCUGUUAACGUCUUUGUUUGCUCGUGAUGAAUUGGAAAUAUGUUGUCAUGAAACGAGCGUUUGAAAUCAAAUUAAACACUUGCAAUGAUCGCCAAAAAAUGUAUAACAGAAAUCGAUCGUGGAACAGGCAUCUAUAUACAAAAUAGUGUUUAAGGAUAUCUUUGAAAAGAAAUCCCACCGAACAUUUUCCAGAUAGUGUGUAUAAACUACAUAUAUGCAUCUGUAAAAUUAAUUAAAAUAAGAGGAAAAUGA